AUGCCGAUGGAAAAUGAAGAUAUUUCUCACUCUCCCUCCGAGCCUGAAGUGGAGGAGAUUCAUGACUCUCCCACAGCUUAUGUAGCUGAUGAGAAUGAUAAUCAGAAAACAAAUGAUUCAAAAUCUUCUCGAGAGGAUGAUGACGAUGAUCUUUAUGAAGAUGUGGAGUUUUUAAACGAAAUCGACUUUACGGGAAUCGAUGAUGCCAUUCCAACAAACAUAGAGUUUGACCUUGGUGAUGAAGAUUUUGAUCCUUUUCUUGAUAUUCCCAACAGCCAUGUUAAUAAAGUCAAUGAAGUUGCUUCUUUAGCAACCAAGACUAGAGAUGAAGGAAAUGUUUUCAAGAUUCUACUCAUUACUUCGAAGCCCUUGGAGAUCGCACCAAGCCAAGGAGAUGUGACAUCAGAGAUUCCUCCCUCCGUGCCACUUAUCUCAAUUUCUGAUCCAGUCAGUUCUGACUCAACUGAACCUCAGACUUCCAUAAAAACAAGCCAACCUCUUGUAAGUCUGAAGGUACCUGCUGUAAGAUGUGCUCCUCAAGUCCUUUCAACAAUCACUGCUACCUCUGCUUACUCUCCUCCAAAGCAAACAGAUGAAGUUCCAAGUACCAUAUUUGAGACUGGUGGAUCCUCAUCCAUUCCAGAAUAUUCUCCAACUCGACCUUCUCUUGAUGAAGCUUCUAUUAGAUUAGUAAAACAUCUGGCUCUAUCUAGUCCAUCUUCCUCACGCGGAAAAGGAAUAUCAUUCAAGGAGGGUCGAACAGGUGAUGACAAAUCUUCUUCGCCUGAUCUUCGAGAGGAGAUUGGGAUUCUCCGUCAAGAGCUCAUCGAAAAAUCAAUUCAGAUGGAUCAGCUUUCUCCAUACAUCUUUGAGCUCAGGGCGAAGGAUGAAGAAAAGAACAAACAAAUCAAUGAUCUACAAACGAGUCUUGGAUCUGUUCUAGCUAAUUAUUUCAAUCUCAAGAACGUGUUGUACGAUGCUUUUGGUGAAAAAGUCAAAGCCCUCUUCCAACAGCCUCAUGGAGUAGUUGAUCCUCCCUCUGUUCAAUCACCUCCUGCAACUGAUGAUCUACCUGUCAACCCACCUGCUCCGAGAACAACUAAAAUUGUCAACAGGUUUGAAAAAGAACCUGAAGGAAGCAGAGCCAAAAUCACAAUCAAACAGGGCAACAGAAUCGUAACUGCAAAUCAACAAGAAGGACAAGUAUCCGAAUGUGGGCCUUUGAUCUAG